AUGCCUCCCAUCACGUUCCAGGACCUGCCCCUGAACAUCUACAUGGUCAUUUUUGGCACCGGCAUCUUUGUCUUUGUGCUCAGCCUCAUCUUCUGCUGCUACUUCAUCAGCAAACUGCGGCACCAGGCGCAGAGUGAGCGGUUCGGGUACAAGGAGGUGGUGCUGAAAGGUGAUGCCCGGAGGCUGAACAUGCACGGGGUGAGUGGUGCUGCCUCGGGUGGAGCUGGGGCUGAUGGGGACAAUCCUAGAAUCACGGGAUGGUCGCGGGGGGUGGCCCAGGAGCUGCUGGCGGGGCUGGUGCGGGCUGCAGGCUGCGGGUCGGUGGCUGAAUUCCUGCGAGGGAAGAGCGAGGAGGAGGAAGGAAGGUUUGCAGCGGUGCUGGGGAUCCUGAAACACGAGCUGACCAAAGACACUUGGAAGUGUAACCCAGCCACAAAGCUGGUGUUCUGCUGGACCCUGCCCCAGGUCACCCGGCCCUGGCUCAGCCCCCACCUGGAGCGGGUCCUCCCACCCUCCCUGCUCCUCUCGGAUGACUACAGGGAGGAGAACAAGAUCCUGGGGGUGCAGUGCCUGCACCACAUCAUCCUCAACGUGCCAGCUGCUGAGCUCUGCCAGUUCAACAGGGCUCAGGUUGUGUACCAUGCUCUGUACAACCACCUCUAUUCACGGGAGGCCCCUCUCAUCCAGGCAGUCCUGCUGUGCCUGCUGGACUUGCUGCCCAUCCUGGAGAGAGCCCAGAGGUGGCAGCAGCAGAGCAGCCCCCCUGCUCCCUGCCACCAGGUGCUGCAGCUGGUGCUGACCCAGAUGGAAGCCGAGCACCGCCUGGCCCUGCGCAGGGUGUACGCGCGUGCCCUGCCCGCCUUCCUGCAGAGACUUGGCAUCCUGAUGGUGAGGCACUUGAAGAGGCUGGAGAGAGUUAUCUUGGGGUACCUGGAAGUCUGGGAUGGCCCUGAGGAAGAGGCCCGGCUGGGAAUCCUGGAGGCGCUGCGCUGCGCCAUCGAGCACGCCUGGCCCAGGAUGCCCUGCAGGCUCCCUGUGCUCCUCCCAGCCCUGCUGAAGUUGAUCUGGGAUGUUCACACUGACCAGAGCCCAACGCCUGAGCCAGUGAGAGCUGCUUUGCUCCAAGGGGCCACAGAAUGUCUCAUCCUGCUGGAUCGCUGCUCUCAAGGGCAGGUGAAGGUGCUGCUGGAAGGUGUUUACAGGAGCUGUGAGGAGCCCCGCGAAUGCAUCCGGAAGGUGCAGGAGAGCGCCUGA